GUGCUGCCGGAGUGCUGGUAGGACACCCAUUUGACACUGUUAAGGUGGGUUGAUUAUGAAAUACCUAUAUCUCUAGGUAGAAAACUUAGUUUUUCCAAGGAGUGGGGGAGGAAAAAAAAUUCCCCAGGCACUGUAGAAGCAUAAAUCUGUGCUGGAAAGCUUGGAGCAAGCCUCUUCAACCACUGUUUAUAGAUUGGCAAUCUCCAGCUCUUCAGAAGUGAAAAAAUUCCUUGUAUGUCUGAUUCAACCCAGUAACAUGACAAAUUGCCUGAACUACGAAUUCAUGAGCGCAGUAACAGUGUUGUAUUUGAAAAUACAAUCUUACAUUUAACUUAAUUUUGUUCUAAGCUUGCUUCUCUGCAGCUGUUCAUCACUAACUGCUAAAACUGCCUCUCCCUCCAUUUGUACCUCAAACCUACUUUUGUUACUAGGUUGAAAGUUUGUGGUUUGUUUUCCCCUCAAGCUCUGCUACUUACUCCUCAAGAAUUAAUUUGUUACACUAGCCAAAGGGUGUAAGUGGAUAGAAAUCCACAGUAUGAAGCUUGUCUGGGGGCUUUUUCCUCUCUUUAAGUAUUACCGUAUAUUUUUAUAACUUUCCAAGUUAAAAAUUAUUUUCUAACAGUCUGUUAGCUGUAUGUAUUAUGCAUACUAAGGGUAGCUAAGACCUAUUCAAAGAUAAAAUUUUAAAUCUCCCAGAGGGCACUUCAGCCAGGACUGCCAGGGGUCCAAGCCCGUUUUUCAGAAUGGGAUGACAACUUAAGUCACUCCUUGGCAGCCUUAUCCGAAGUCUCGCACUGGAAGAAUAGAAGAAGGGAUGCCAAUAUAUUCCUUCCUAAAUUAAUACACCAGAUCGCUUGACUGCAGCAGACAGCAUGCCACCCGCUAGAGCUACAUUUGGAAUACCUCUACCUUGCUGAAUUUAGAUAUGCAACAGGCUGAUAGUGUUACCGAGGUCAUCACCAUAUUCUAGCACGUGAUUAAUUCAAUACAGAUUUUCCUAACUAGUGGAUAUUAGUCCUUGCCAGUCAAGUGCAAGCUGCUCAAAUAGUAAAAAUUGUAUGUAUGUUUCUCAGAGUAUAGUAAACUUGACUAAGUAAUUGGGUUGAAUUCUAAUAUAUAUUUUCAGGCAUGGUAUUAUUCAGACUUGCACGUUUUUUUACAGUGGUACAGGGCCAGCUGUCUUUGUCUCUCACCCCCAUCCUGCCAAGUUUUAGAUGCUUAAGGUGACGGGUCAUUUCACUGAAGCCAGCAAAACUGUUAAAAUUCUAUGCUCAAACUAAAGUUAAGCAUGUGUGGGGUUUUUUUACGUUUUUUAAAGUGGAACAGCUUCUAGUGCAUGAAACUAAACAUUUAAGUGUCUGCAAAACUGUGGCUCUUAUGCUAGUUCCAGCAGAUGAAACAAUGCAAAAUAGAUGUGUUGGCUUUAGAAAAAAGCAUCUUGCUUUGCAAUAGUGCAAAAUAGUUUGUUUCUGGAUGACUUUAAAUGUUUUAUGAAAUCCAGUGUGGCACACUCCGUGUCUAUUUUCAUACCCUUUAGAAAGUAUUAUAAGCAUUUAUCUAUUUUUUGUUAGAGAAAAUACUAAUGUUUAUGUUAUAGUUGGCAUAGUCACCACUGUAUGUGGGAAAACUAACACUAGUCUUUAAAAAAAAAAUCACAAAACAAAAACAUCGUGUAACUUGUUGUGUAUGUAUACAUGUUAAGAAUUAACCCCUUUUAUAUUUCUGCAGUGUUUAAAGGGCUAGCUGGCAGUCACCUUAGACUGCAAAUUUUUAAUAUAACUGAACAAUGGGAAAGCUGCUUAGAUAAGCCAAAAUUUUACUUUUUACUUCUGUCUUGGCUUUUAAACUCUUUUUUUGGCCUGUGAUCAUGUUUCACAAAGUGGGGAGGGGGAUGGUGGGACACACAGGGAGAGAUUAAGCCAGUGAAGUCACCCUGCAAAACCCACAACUGAGCUGAUCUCAGAACUGGCAAACUCCUUAUCCCUGGUUUGUUGAUGUAAUGUAUAAAAUUGCUUUUUUGCUUUUAACUGCCUUUACUUUCUGAGCUAGGGGCUGUCUUCAUUAACAGCAAAAGUGUUACUUUGUUGUAGAUGACAGAUAAGCCUCAUCACGGGAGAGUUACCUAGUAAGUAUAGCCCAGGUGAACACUUCUGUUUCUCUCAGUCUUAAUUUAUUCCCAAAUGUAUUAGUUCAAAUAAAGAUCUAAACGACUUCUAAAGCUUUUUCCCUUUUUAGUUUUAAACUGAUGUGUCCCUCUUCUACAGCUAUGGCAUGGAGGGAGCGGGGUUUAAAUAUCCCUUUUUUUUUUUUUUUAAUGUAAAGUCUUAUUCUGAACCUUCUUUCUGGUAUGCAUUUCUGACUGUAUACAUUUCCACACACCGUGGCUCUAAAACUGAAUCUCAGACACACUGUUGUUGAGGUCUUACCCACUACAUAUCCUUGCAGGACAUUUUCAUUGCUCAACUUCUAAAUCACUUAUUUCAUACAUUAUUAAAUGUUUGGACUAUUUUGGGGGUGUGGUGGUUUGCUUGCAAUGGGAUUUUUUUUGCUUAGUUUUGACUACCUUUAUGCAAGUCUUUAGUGAUGGGAAAUUACAAUGUGUUACUAUUGGACCUAAAACCUUAGAAACAGUGGUUUCAAAUAAGAAAGCAAGAAUAUUGGGCAAUGAAUAGAAUAGAGGGUUAAACUUUGUACAUGAUUCAUCCUUCCUACAGUUGUACACACUAAAAAUCUUGUUAAAUAUGGCAUUAAUACUCAUGAAAUAAAGUUUCAUAUGCAUUCAUUGCCUUAUCUGGCAGUUUGCUAAUGCAGGUAUCCCUAUGUGGUCAUUGCUGUGCUCAAAGAGCUGAUUUUCAUUCAUCAGUAUUCUAAAUAUUUUGUACAACAGCAAGGCUUAAUUGGUCAAUAUUUCACAAAUUUAGACAAAAAUAGUGGGAGCUGAUUGCCACUGGGAAUUUCAACCUAUAUAUGGAAUAUGACUAAUUCUAAACUACUAAAGACAAGCAUAUAGAAAAGUUAAAUUAAGAAGCUUCUUGUGCUGUAUUUUCACAAAGCCCAUAUGUGUGGAAGUCCCCUGACUUCACAGAUGGGAUUCGAAACAAUAUCAGUAAGUUAUAAAUGGAAUAAAACUUUUGUUUUGUGCAAUUCCAACAACCUGUUAAGAUUUAGGACUUGACUUGUGGGUCUGCUUCUUGAGCAGUUUUAACAGUUUGCCUGCCCCCCGGAUGUCACUUUGAGUAAUAAAAGAUUUAUUUUCCUUGAAUCCCACUAUAAGCAUGCUUUUAAUUUAAGUUUUAAAACCCUGUUCCAUCCUGAAAGACCUAAGGUGAUCUCAGCCUCCCAGUAUGGCUAGCACACACUAAUGUAUAUACUAAAAAGACACUGAAAACUAAGGUUUUUAUUUACAAAACAUAAAAUCUCAGGUUGUAGGAAUAUAAAAACCCCCUAAAUCUGGAAAUAAUUUUUUGCCUCAAAGCUAACCUGAAUAUACAAUUUGGACAAACCACGUCCCCAAAUCCUUUUCUAGACCCACAUCAACUCAUGAGUCUUUUAUUGUUGUGGUGGUGUUCAUUAUUACUUUAGGCAAACAGGGAUAAAAAUAUUUUGCAGUUAGGAAUUUCUCACAUAGAUCUGAUAAUCUUUUCAUUUGUUCAGAAUGAGAGUCUGGAAGUUUUUUGCCCUGGAGUUGCAGCAGCAGCAGCAGCAUUAAAUGGUUGAUAAGCAUCUUUUCUGAGGAACAUUGCAGCCCUCCAUGCUGCAAUGGAGGAGAUCAAAGACAGAUUUCUAACUUCCCAAUCCAGUGAAACCAAUUUACUGAGUUUAUUGUAGUGUAGGGUUUUGCACAAAGUCUGUAGCUUUGAGGCUUUUUGGUUUUGUUUGAAGUGCAUUGGGGACAAAUUAGCAGGAAAAACUGAAUUGGACUUUCCCAUUAAAUGUUAAAAGCAUCUGGGCAAUUGGCCUGUCUCCUAAUGUCACCAGUGACAGUAGCUUCUAUCUGUCCAGCAGAACAUGCCAUUUCAGUUUUGGCAUUGUUAUCUGAUUACUAACAUUAAAGGCUUGAAACAGCCAUACCCUCACAAAUUGUUUGCAUUGAGGAAGUUAAAAAACAGACUAAAAUUUAAAAGGACAAGUGGCUUUUUAUUUUUCCUUAUGCAAAGGAAGACAUCUUAAGAGCCUGUUCUCAGCUACCCUCUGAAAAAAAACAAAACCAAAACAAACAAAAAAGAACCCCAGAUCUCAGUGAAUGGUCCUAAGUCUUGUAGCCAGAAACACUGUGGAUGAUGUUGAAAGUUUCCUAUCCUUUUACAAUUAUCCUUAUUUCAUCCUUGACUUGUAAUUUUUUAUAAAAUUCUAUCAGAUUUAUACAGAUAGUCCUUAGUGUGAACAGAAGUAUCUUUGGCAGCUGAAGAAAGUACCUAUUGUAGCCAGUACUGGAAAACUUCAGUCUGAAAUUCUAGAUAAGUGUACCCUGUUGUACUUCCACAUAUGUUUUUUUAAUAUUCAGAAGAAGUUAAUAAUCUUCCUCUGUCAUGUUUUCACCCCAAAAAUUAAUUCAAAACACUUACAGAAUAUUUCUUAAUUAUUUUGCCACAUAUGGCAUUCCAGUCUCCAGCCUGUGCUCUUGCAUAUACAUUGCUGUAGCAAAUCUCGAUACAUGUACAAGACACUAGUUAACAGAUUAGGCUGCUCUUGACAUACAAAUCAGUAUCUCAUACAACUUUCUAUAGGUUCGUCUGCAAGUUCAAAAUGUAGAGAAACCUCUCUACCGUGGGACCUUCCAUUGCUUUCAGUCCAUCAUAAAGCAAGAAUCUGCUUUUGGACUCUAUAAAGGUAUUGGGUCACCAAUGAUGGGACUUACCUUCAUUAAUGCACUUGUAUUUGGUGUACAAGGAAACACGCUUCGUGCUCUUGGAAAAGACACUCCUCUAAACCAGUUCCUUGCAGGGUCAGCAGCAGGGGCUAUCCAGUGCAUCAUCUGCUGUCCCAUGGAGUUGGCAAAGACAAGAAUGCAGCUUCAAGGAACAGGUGAAUACAAACUAAAAACAAAGAACUACAAAAAUUCUUUGGACUGUCUGAUCAAAAUCUAUCGAAAGGAAGGGCUGAGGGGUAUCAACAGGGGCAUGGUCUCUACAUUCAUAAGAGAGACGCCAAGCUUUGGCUUUUAUUUCCUGACCUAUGACUGCAUGACCAGGUAUUUAGGCUGUGAAGCUGAAGACAGUUACGUUAUUCCCAAACUGCUGUUUUCUGGAGGGAUGUCAGGAAUUGUGUCCUGGCUCUCAACCUACCCCGUGGAUGUGAUCAAAUCCCGGCUUCAAGCUGAUGGAGUCGGAGGCGUUACACAAUACAACGGCAUUUUAGACUGUGUCAGAAAGAGUUACCAUGAAGAAGGCUGGAGGGUGUUCACAAGAGGUCUUACUUCCACCCUUCUCCGUGCUUUUCCUGUCAACGCAGCUACCUUUGCUACUGUCACUGUGUUUCUAAUGUAUAUGAGGUCAGAAGACAACCUUCGUGAAUGUGAACCAGGUCCAGUAAUCCAGCAGCCUUCUAGUUUGUGAACAUUACCUGUUGGCCUUCCUGAUCCAACGCCCAGCUGUUUAGAUUCUUUAAACCCACACAAGUGGCGUAAAUGUAUGCUAUCUGUAUAAAGAACUAACUGCAUCAAACUAGGAUUUCAUCUCAUUACUUGUAUAAACAGCAUAUUGCCUUAUUAAGGACUUCAUAUCUAGUAGUAUCCAAGUAAGAUGGGGACCUGCCUUUAGAAAGUACUGUAGUUAACUGUUGUGGCUCCAGAAGAGCAUCUGGAGAAUGUCAUAGUACCAGAUAUCAGGUUUUCUUCCACUCAUGUUCUGAAUGACUGAAUCGAGUUGAAUGCAGAAAUGUUUUCAGAAAAUAAAUGCUCUUUUUGUACGUAACAGGAAUAAGUAUAGUCCUCUAAGGUGAAGUAGUAGGAGGACAUUAAGUGUUGGAGGCAUUUUGCAGGUAACCCUGAACUGUUUAAGACCUGGACUAGCAGUCAGCUAGCCACGUGUUUUACUUUUUCUCUGCUUUUGAAUGUCAGUGGUUUUAGUAACAACUUUUUUCAUACUGGUUUGCUAAAAAA